AGCUUGAAGCUAAUAUCGAUAACCACAAUCGACGCCAAAUCGAAUGCACGUUUUCGCAGGCUCCGUUUUCAAGCACAUUCUCUCCCGAGCUAAGUUCAUUUCAAUCGUCCGGCGAAAUUCCAGAGCCAGGUCUUUACAAGCUACCAGAUCCUUGCAAGCUAACGCGGAAAAACCAACUUUGCGAUGAGUGAGGAACCAAUUCCGGUAAUGAGCCCCCAGCGGCAGGCCGAGCGGGAGAAGUUGUACCAGUUGAUCAUCGAGCUGGCCUAUCCUGCCACGCGGGAGGUCGCUCUGCUGGAGCUGAGCAAGAAGAACGAUCCGGACCUGGCCCCCAUGCUGUGGAACAGCUUCGGGACCAGCUACACCCUGCUGCAGGAGGUCGUCAACGUAUACCCUUUUAUAUCGAAUCCAAUAUUGAAUGCCAACCAGUCGAACCGCGUGUGCUACGCCCUGACGUUGCUGCAGUGCGUCGCCGCGCACCCGGGUACUCGCCCGGCCUUCCUGCGGGGCCAGAUACCGGUGUACGUGUACCCCUUCAUCUCGACCACGUUCAAGAGCAAGCCCUUCGUGCAGCUGCGCCUGAACAGUCUGGGCGUGAUUGGUGCUCUGGCCGAGACCGACGACACGGAGGCCAUCAGCUUUUUGCUGACCUCCGAGGUCGUGCCUCUCUGCCUGAGCAACAUGCUCAAGGGAUCGAAGCUGACCAAGUCUGCGGCCAUCUUAAUCCUUGAGAAGAUACUGCUCAAUAAGACGGGUCUAACGUACAUCUGCGAGACCCACGAUCGCUUCUCGCGGGUGGCCAUCACCCUGGGCAAAAUGACCAUCCGAAUGAUGAAAUAUCCAUGGUUCCGGGUGCUGAAGCAUGUGGUGCGCUGCUAUCUACUACUUACGGAAAAUGAGCUCGCUCGCAGUGCACUGCGGGUGUGUCUGCCCGAUCAGCUGCGUGACGGCACCUUUUCGUCGGCCAUGCAACACGACACGUGCACCAAGCAGUGGCUGAAGACGCUGCUCAAGAACCUGGAGCCAAGGGCUCCUGCUGUUAUGCUGCAGGUCGUCGAGUCGCCACAGGGCUCCUAGAGAGCGGAAGCACCAGCACCAACAACUUUCCUUAUUCCGCCGUCCAUGCAAGCGCCAUCGAUGAGUGAUCCCCACUCCCAGUUAACUGCUAGACCGAAUAUACAUGGCCUGCAUUAAAUAUAACUACAUAAUCUACAAAUGAAAUUGCUUAUACUCAGAUUGACGGUACAAUAAAAAAUAUCAAAU